AUGAACAGCAACUCGGAGCAGAGAGGGCCACCAGAUGAAGGGGAAGAACGAAAUGGUAUAUUUUUAUAUAACAACGAAACAAACAAUGAAGGGGAAUCGUGUAAUAUUUUAUGUUUAUUUCUUUUUUUUAUUUCUUUGUUUUUUAUAAUGAUCAUGACAGCAGAUAAUGCAGUUCAACAGAGUAGCGAAUAUGAUAAUAGUAGUAAUGCUAACAUACAUGGAGAAGAGAGUAGUAUAUUAAAUAAUUAUAAUGAUAGCAAAAUGAUGAAUGACGUAUAUGAAAAUGUAUUGAUACAAAGUUUAAAUUUCAAGGGUCAUUACAAAAUUAGAUCUAGUGAUAUGAGUGAAAAGUAUGGAACAGAAAAAUGGGAUAGGAACGAUCUGGAAAAUAAAGAAAUGCAUAAUGAAAAAAAAAAGCAAAGUUUUCUGUCAGAUGGGGGUGAUUUUGAAGCUAAGAUGAUAACACUAAAGCUUGCACUACAUAAUGUAACAAAGGUUUUUGUGUUUUUUCACUUUGACCCGUACAACUCAGUUAGUAGUAAUAAUGAAGAGGAUAAAUUAAAAUAUGGAGUAACAGGUAAUAAGAAAAAAGACUAUCAGAAUAGUGAAAAACGGAAAGGAAUAAAAAAAAAGAAAUAUGAAUUUUUAGGUUUAACUGGUAUAAACAUAAAUAGAAAAAAUAAUUUUAUUUUUAAUGGAACCGGAUAUAACAUAUCGACAUUCUGCCAAUCAAAAGAAGAGAAAUGUUUAUGUAAUUAUACAAUAAAUAUUAAUCAGAAUGUAAAUAUGUACGAAUCAACAUCUUUAAGAGAAUUAGAAGAAUCAUACUUAUAUUCAUUAAAGAAUUAUCUGAUGAAUGAACCUGAAUAUUACAAUGAAUAUAUAUCAUCUGACUAUUAUCAACAAUAUGAAAAGUAUUUAAAUCAUAUUGAACAAUAUUAUAACGAUAACAUUAUUAAAAGGGAAGCGAGCGAUUACUCAGCAACCCCCCCUCCUAUAGGGACGAACAUACAUGGAGAUGUAAAUAAAAAUGGUGAAACGAAUGUUAGCAAGACGAAUAAUGAACCUGUUUUGGGAGCACCGCUGGGAGCGUCGUUGGAGAUACCGUUGAAGGAACCGCUGGAGGUACCUCCUUUGAGCACCACAACAGAUGAUAGAUUUGACUCCGUUCGUACAGGAGAUGCACAUGCAGGGGGAGAGGCAAAUAUAAAGGAGGGUACUGCUACGCGCAGUCCUGGUGCGGAAGAUGGGUCGGAUGGAGAAGGAAAAGAGAAGGACACUUCUAACAGCGCUGGGAAGCGGAAGGCAAACUACGAUGGUUAUAUUCUGUCGAACAACUGUAACAUCUUCAUAUCGUUCGAAGGGGAAGAUAUCGACAAAAGGUUCUCCUCCGCGAAGGUAAUUAACUUUUCCAUUCUGUUUAAUAUAAAGUCGUUAAUAGAGUUAGGUUUGUUUUGGUCCCAGAUAGGAUAUAACGAAAACAUGAGAAACAUGGCAAAGACAUCGUUAAUAUCUAUAUGUUUAAAUUCUUUCAUCGAGAUAUUUGAGUCGUUACUACUACUGUAUGAAGUGAUGUUAUCAAAAUUAUUGCUAAUUCAUUUUAUCAUUAUGGUAUUAUUAAAAUUUUUAUUGUUUACAUUGAUGGAAGUUCGUUAUAUAUUAAUAAUAUGGAAAGCUAAUCAUCAACAAGACAUUAAUGAUGGGUGGGAACAAAUGCAAAGGAAAUUAAGUAUAUUAUAUAAAUAUUAUUAUGGUAGUAUAUUAUUAGUAAUCAUUUUAUUUUAUUAUGUUUUUCCAUUUUGUCCAUAUGUAUUAUUAGUAUUAUAUUUAUGUUGGUUUCCACAAAUAUUACUAGAUAUAUGGAAAGGACAAAGAAACUCUGUUAAUUUAAAAUUUGUUUUUUCCUUAUCCUUAUGCCGCUUAUUUUUACCUAUAUAUAUUUAUUUAUACCCAUAUAACAUAUUUCAGUUAGAUGUUUUUGCACAAGUAAUUGAUACAUCCAAUACAACUUUUAGUAUUCUUUUAAUUAUUUUAAUGAUUACACAAUUAAUUCUUAUGUUUCUCCAAAGGAAAUAUGGUCCACGUUAUUUUGUAAACACUGAUAUACUACCACAUGUACAUAAUUAUUAUAAAACAAUCGAUGCUAAUUUUGAAGCAGGUAUACCUGAAUGUGUAAUAUGUAUGUACGAUAUUGUACUGAAGGACAACAAAUACUGUGUUACCCCUUGUUACCAUAUUUUCCACGAGAACUGCCUGCAGCAAUGGAUGAACGUAAAGCUGGAGUGCCCAACCUGCAGGGGCGCCCUCCCAAACUUUCCCUAG